AAUUAGGCUCCUGAUCUCCUAGUUCCUUCCUGGUCAUUCCAGGGAUAAUGAAGCAUUCAAUUGGUUGUUAUAUGUUGGAACUGUAUAUGAUUUUUGGUUGUGACAUAUUUUUAAGUAAUUAUAUUUGUUGGUUAUUAUUUAUUAAAUAUUUGUUGAUACUUGAUAGGGGGCUAUGAGUUUGUAAAGAUGGAUGAACAUCUUCUUUGUAGUACUGCGUCAGCUCCUACUCCUGGCGCAACUACUGGCACAAGUAGUACUAACCCCUGUAGUGCCAGUGAGAGGAAGGAUAAGGAGGAGGAAAUGGAAACAGAGAACGAGAAGGGGAAGGAGAAAGAGAGUAGUUGUAUGGAUGUAGAAGCUUUGCAACCCAAACGUCGGAAAACUACAUCCGAAGUUUGGAAUGACUUUGAAAGAACUAUUCAUGGCGAUAAAAGUGUGACAGCCACUUGCAAACAUUGUGGAAAGAUCUUUAAUGGUGCAAGUACCUUGGGUACCACUCAUUUGAAUAACCAUAAAAAGACUUGUAAGAGGAGGACCCACAAGGAUGUUGGUCAACAGCUUUUAGCACUCUCAAAGAGUAUGAGUGUGUCGGUUCCUAAGUUAGCAAGCUUCAAGUUUGAUCCUGAACGUACUCGAAAGGAUUUCGUUCGAAUGAUUGCCAAACAUUGUUAUCCAAUCGACAUGAUUGAUCAUGAGUACUUUCAGAUCUAUGUAAGUAGCAUCAAUCCCACAGUCAAGUUCAAUUCCAUAACAGUUAGAAAUGAUAUUAUGGAUGUUUUUCAAGAGGAGAAGGAAAAGUUGUAUGCAUUUCUAGACAAAUUAUCUUCACGAGUUAGUCUCACAACAGAUUUGUGGAGAGUAGAGCAUCAAAACUUCGGUUAUUGUGUUGUUACUUGCCAUUAUAUUGAUGAUGAGUGGAAUUUGCAUAAGAGGAUUCUUUCUUACAAGAUGCUUCCAACCCCCCAUAGUGGGGAGGCUAUUAGUGAGCAUAUAAAGGGCCAACUCUUGAAUUGGAAUCUUGAUAAGAAGAUUUGCUCUAUUACAAUGGACAAUGCAUCCAAAAAUGAUUUUAUAAUAAAUUAUCUCAAGUUGUGGCUUUGUCGUAAAGAAGCCUUGUUGCGAAAUGGUGAGAUAUUUCAUGUAUGUUGUGGUGCACAUAUUUUACAUCUAAUUGUCCAAGAUGGGUUGGAAGAACUUAAAGAUGUUUUGGUAAAAAUUCGAGACAUGGUUAGGUGGAUAAAUGAUUCACCAUCUAGAAUUGAAAGUUUUAGGGAUAUAUUGGUUCAAACGAGAUUAUCUCACAAAAAGAGUGUCUCUUUGGAUGUUGCAACAGAAUGGAACUCAACAUGUGAAAUGCUCCAUAAUGCUUUAGAUGUGAGAGAAGCAUUUGAGCGUUUAGCAGAGUUGCAUCAGAAUUUCAAGACUUUGCCAACUGAUGAGGAGUGGGAAAAGUGCAAAUCAAUUGGGCAAUGCUUAAAAGCUUUCAAUGAUGCCAUUAAGCAUUUGUCGGAUAGCAAGUAUCCCACUGCGAAUUUCUAUUUUUGGGAUGUUUGUGAUCUUCAUCAUCAUUUGCUUCAAUGGAGAAAUAGCAAAGAUGACUGUAUUCGCUCUAUGGCUUUUACAAUGAGAUUAAAAUUUGAGAAGUAUUGGAAAGAAAUUAAUUUAUUUAUGGCACUUGGGGUUAUUCUUGAUCCUCGCUACAAAAUGGAACUUAUUGUGUUUGGUUUGAAUGCAAUUUAUGGGGAUGAUGCUGAUUACCACAUUAAGAAGAUCAAAUUUGACGUUCUUGACUUCUAUUCUGAGUAUGCAUGUAGGUAUGGUGGAUCUUGUUGUUCCCUUUUAGUUGGGGAUGCUUUUGACCGUGUUGAUGGCAAUGGAAAUGAUUCUUUGGAUGAAAUUUCUAAGAAAAAAACUUCUGCAUUUUCUGAAGGGUUCAAGAAAUACAUGCAACAACGUUCUAGAGAUUUAAAGAAUGCCCAAAAGUCUGAAUUAGACUUGUACUUAGAAGAAAGCUUAUUUCCAAUUGGGGACGAUGAGUAUUGUUUUGAUAUUCUGCAUUGGUGGAAACAAAAUGACUACAAGUUUCCGAUCCUUGCUAGAAUGGCGCGUGAUAUCUUGGCAGUUCCAGCAUCAACUGUUGCCUUAGAAUCUGCCUUUAGCCUUGGAAGUAGAUUAAUUACCGAGUAUCAUCCGCUGUUAACUCCAGAGGUUGUGGAAGCUUUAAUUUGUUUGAGGGAUUGGUUGCCAUCAUAUAAAUCUGCUACCACUUUGGAUGAAUGACCAAGUGUCUUGGGAGCUUCUGCCUUUGCACACAUAAGGAGAAAAGGUAGGGAAUUAUUAAGUUUUAUAGGUAUUUCAUAUUAUUAAAUGGACAUCAUAGUAACAACUAUAUAACAUUGAUUGAUGUAGGUUUAUUUCACAUUGGUGAGAACGUUGCUGGUUCAUGCUUUCUUGAUGAUGGCUGGAGUGUGGAAGCACAUUGUAUUGAGUUUUGGUUUCAGAUGUUGGCUUUGAACAAUUUAUUUUACUCUAAUGAACUGUGAACAUAUAUUUGUCCAGUGACAGGAAAGAAACUUGUUA